UCGGGCGCGCGCGUAGCCGGCCGCCAUGGCGUGGACGCGCUUGCGGGCGCUGCUGCUGCGGAGGGGCGACGCGGCGCCGCUCUUUCUCAAUGACGCCAGCGCCUUCGACUUCGCCGACGACGCGGGCCCCGCGGGGCUGCCGCGCUUCAACAAGCUCCGCGUGGUGGUGGCCGAGGAUGACGGUGACACCAGCGACAGGCCUGCUGUCGGCGCGCGCUCGGCGCCGCAGGCUGACGACGACGCGCUGCUGGAGCCUGAACCGCCGCCGCCGCGAGGCCGCCUGAGCCUCGGGCCCGACCCCUGCGACGGCUGCAGCCAGCGACGCGAGCGCGUGCGACUGCGGCGCGUGAGGACCCGGCUGACGCUCGCCGCCGCGCUGUAUCUGCUCUUCAUGGUCGGCGAACUCGUAGGUGGCUACAUUGCCAACAGCCUGGCAGUCAUGACAGACGCACUGCACAUGCUGACCGACCUCAGCGCCAUCGUGCUCACCCUGCUGGCCCUCUGGCUGUCUUCCAAGUCGCCCACGAGGAGAUUCACCUUCGGAUUCCACCGCUUAGAGGUGCUGUCGGCGAUGGUCAGCGUGCUGCUGGUGUACGUCCUGAUGGGCUUCCUGCUCUACGAAGCCGUGCAGAGAACCAUGCACACCAACUACGACAUCAACGGAGACGUCAUGAUCGUCACCGCGGCCGUCGGCGUUGCCGUGAAUCUCCUAAUGGGGCUUCUGCUGAACCAGUCCGGCCGCCACUCCCACUCGCACGCGCCCCCUGCCGGCUCCCCUGGCCCAGGGUCCGGGGCCCACCGUCCGGGACAGGACAGCCUGGCGGUGCGGGCUGCCUUCGUGCAUGCCCUCGGGGACCUCGUGCAGAGCGUCGGCGUGCUCAUCGCCGCCUACAUCAUCCGGUUCAAGCCAGAAUACAAGAUUGCUGACCCCAUCUGCACAUACGUGUUUUCAUUACUCAUGGCCUUCACCACAUUCCGCAUCAUCUGGGACACCGUGGUGAUAAUACUAGAAGGUGUGCCGAGCCACCUGAAUGUGGACCGGAUCAAGGAAGCGCUGAUGAAGAUAGAAGACGUGCACGCAGUAGAAGACCUGAACAUCUGGUCUCUCACGUCGGGAAAGUCCAGCGCCAUAGUCCACAUGCAGCUAAUUCCUGGCAGCGCAUCCAGGUGGGAGGAAGUGCAGUCAAAGGCGAAGCACCUGCUCCUGAACACCUUCGGCCUGUACAGAUGCACCAUUCAGCUGCAGAGCUACCGGCAGGAGGUGGCCAGGACUUGCGCGAGCUGCCAGAGCUCCAGCCCCUGAGCCUGGGCCCAGCUCUGCUGCCUUACGUGACUGCGUCACGGACUCAAGAGCAAUAAACGCCACCUGAGGACAAAGCGGGGCCCCACGGCCGGACUGCAUCUAGCCCCAGUCUCAGAACAGUCACUCCGGCCUGCCAGUUGGCGUCUGCGCCAUUUCCAGAUGGGGAUGUUUCCAAGAUGCUGUUUACAGAGAGACAACUCUACAGAUACCUCACGGAAGAGCGUCCGCUCACUGACAGUCCUGUGUCCACGGAAGCAUAUCACGGCUCAGUAUUUACGUGUAAAAAUGCUUUCCAAGGCCAUUUUCUAUGAAGCCAGUGCUAGAAAUCAGAGUUGUUGUUUUUUAAAUUUCAGUAAUCUUGACAUCCAGCUUCUGAAUUGCUGCUGUUUUUACAGAAAUUUU